AUGUCGUUUUGUCUAGCCACUUCUUCGUGUCGAAGCUUCUUCCGAUAUAAAUAGUCUGUUCUUGGGGAAAUCGACAGUUAGACACGCUGCUCUCUACGCAUUGGAUACUGUGUGAUUCGUGUGGCUUCUUCGUUCUCGAUUAGUUGCUUGAUUUUUUGUUUGUUUCUAGAAUCAAAUCUCUAAAACAUCCACGGUGAAAAUGAAACAAAUUGUUUGUGUUCUGGUUGUGGGACUGAUCGGUGCCGUGUUGGCCGAUAAGGAUGCCACCGUGCUGCGACAUGAUGCCGAGGUGAACGUUGACGGAUCUUACCAGUACGCGUACGAAACGUCCAAUGGAAUCGCCCACGAAGAGCAGGGAGCCCUGAAGAACCUCGGCGAGGAACAAGCUCAGGUUGCCCAAGGUCGCUUCUCGUACACCGAUCCCGAGGGUAACAAGAUCUCGCUGCAGUACGUGGCCGACGAGAACGGAUUCCAGCCCCAGGGUGAUCACCUGCCGACGCCACCACCAAUUCCAGUGCUGAUUGAGAAAGCGCUCCGAAUCCUGGCGGCGCAAUCUUCGCAGCAGUAAAUUGGCCAUUAAAUUGGUUAGGCUAUUUGUUAGUUAAGUCUUAAAUUAAGCUUCAACCACCUAGUCGGUAUCGAGCCCACACAUAAUACGUAAUAAAUCCAACGAAAACCUAAUCAAACAAUUUUACCCUCCAUUC